AGAUUGAGCACCGAGGCAGUAUUGACGGAAUCAAAACAUGAUGAGUUUUGUUGAACUUGAAGGUACCGGAAUGUGAAUAAUGGUUAAGGUCGAUAAUUAACAGUAUUUGAAAAAUAUGUUCUGCUUUUACUAGUUUAUUUAAGUAUUUGAGUUAUAUUUGAUAAUAAUGGCUUCUUCUAUAACUGAAACGAUCAGUGUUACUCAACCUGAACCAACAGUUCAUGUGAAACUGCAGUUAAACCAAAAUGUUAAUGUCAAACCAGUGCCCCCACCUGGAGUACCUGUAGGAAGAAUGCGUAAAAUUAAGCUUGACCCAUCAAGAGCAUUGGAACCAGCUCGCAAGAAAAUUGCCACUAUUGAAGCACAGCGGGUAAUGUCCGUAUUUGAAGAGACAAUACGAAGAACAGAAAUAAUAACUCUUUUGCCCCACAUAAUAUCCAAUUUGGAUCGCUUUCGUGUCUCGCUUGGUUCUGAAUUAAUAGAUCUUCUCCAGCACCACCAAGUUAUACAAAACAGUUAUAAUGAAAUUCGUUCAGAACUUGACAAAUACUUAGAAAAACAAACACCAAGUCAGAGUGCCAGAUCAAAAUCGUUUUUAUCCGGAAAAUCGUCUCGUAAAAGUUCAACACCUGGUGGACAGGUGGAGGAUAAUGAGGAAGAAGAGGAUGAAAUUAGUCAACCUCCAUCUCGGAGAUCAAGUGCAUCAAGUAGAAGAUCAGCAGAGGAAGCAGAUGCAAUGCUGGAAGAAAUUAUUCGUAAUUUGUCUUUGGUUGCUCAACAACUUAGUUUUUCAUGUAAAAACAUAUUACGAGCUUUCCAAGUUAACCCUGCUGCAUCUAACACAGUUAUUGCUGAAUAUCGAGUUCGUAAUGAAGAAUGUAAGCAUAUGGUAAUAACCAUGCAAGAACUCAGGGACAUUUUAAUGGGGAAACUUUUAACAACCCCAGAAGAAGAAAAAGAACGAAUGGCAUAUUUAGCAGAAAUAUCACAGCGUGAAAGGUACAAUGCUGGAAUAAUUGAAAAACUUGAAGCUGAACUGAAAUCAGGAAUGGAGGACAGAGAUGAAGAGAUUAGAAAGAAAAAUGAAGUUAUUCGAAGACUGCAGGCAGAUUUACACCAAAUUGAGAAAUUUUCUGAAGAGCACAUACGAAGAGUUAAAGCUGAGGCUGAAAAACAAGAGACAGCUGAUGUUAAAAAUAGUGAGGGAAAACGUCAAAAAUUACAACAAGAAAUAAAUCAACUUCGUACAUCAUUUCAAACUAUGACCACAGAGCACCGAGAGAGUGAACAAGAAUUAAGAAAGAAAAAAUUCAAAGUUGAAACUGAAGUUGAAAACUGGAUACAGAAGUACGAUCAAGAUAUGGGUGAAAGACAGGAUGAAUAUGAAGAAAUUGAUGAAAUAUAUACAGAAGAAAAGAAACAGUUACAUGAAUUAGAAGAAAGAUUUAAAACAUUGGAAACAGAAUACAAACAAAUACAAGAAGAGCGUAGAUUGGCUAGAGAACGUCGUGAGAAGGCAGAACAAGAGAUGGCACGUAUGAUCCGAGCAGCUACGACUGUUCAAGCCUUCUGGAGAUCAUACAAGGUCCGUAAAGCUCUUAAAGCUAAAAAGAAGAAGGGUGGUGGAAAAAAAGGAAAGGGAAAGGGAAAGAAGGGAAAGAAAUAAAUCUUCACAAAAAUAUUUAUAAGAUUGUUUAUGUGAUUGUAAAUUACAAAACCAAAAUAGUAAUUAUAAAGCUCACCAAAUAUGAAAAUGAAGUAUUUAAUGAAAUAAUUUUUCAAAUGCAUAUAAUUCAAUUGUUAAAUUUUUCACAUAAUAUUGUUUUGAAAUUUUAUUUUUUUUAACAAUAGAUGUACCGUACCUGAAUAUGUAGUUUGUUGCUUUCUGGGGGUUUUCACUUUUGUAAUAAAGCUACAUAGAUUACCACAGCAUUACAUCACUGAUUGUAAAUGAAAUAGACACAAUGUCAAUAAUUUUAAGCAGAUUGUAAAUUUUUAUGGAAAUGUACAUGGUCACUAUAGCAUUAAUUUACAUAUUUAAAAUUAUUGUGUUGUUUUUGAGUAUAUUCUGUGUAUGGUUAUAGUUGAGUCUAUGAAAAUUAUCAACAAUA